AUGCGAUCAGUAGGUAACAGGGCCGCCCUCGUGGUCGACUUGGCAUCUCUUGCGAUCGGAGGCUGGGGUCUCUGGACAAACAUCCAUUAUGAGCUCCCGCACCACUUGGCCGAUGCCGGGCAUUGGCAGUUUCUCACCAACAUCUCGUUGGCUUACUCACUCCUAGUGUUUGCCCUUGGGUUCCUAGCCCACGCUCUAUACUCGCAACCCAUCUUUUCCCUCAAAAAUUCCCUUCAUCCCAUCGCCUUGACCAUGGAAAUGAUCGUGGCUUCGGUCUACUGGCCACUUAGAUUAUUCUUUUUACACUUGUUGGUGGACGACGUCAGCCGGUUCACCUUCCCUGUCCAAGUGGACUUGGCUAUCCAUCUAUUGCCGGUGGUGGCAUUGGCCGCGGACUAUAUACUAUUUAUGCCUCCAUGGACCAUCACCACUCGCUCGGCUCUAUUGGGGUGCGCGGGAAUCACCGUGGCUUACUGGUUCCAUUUGGCGAGAUUGAUCGAUAUGUCCAAGGGAGCCAUGUACCCGUACCAGUUUUUGAACGUGGAGGACGAUACCGUGCGGGGGUCGAUUUUUGUCAUUGUGGGAUUGGUGGGAUUUCUGAUGUUUUUGGUGGCUCGCCAGCUCCACGGGUGGAUUGUUCCCAAGCAAAAAUUGGAAUAG